UCAUCUUUAUGGCAACUCUUCCGGGGAGCCGGGGCGUCAUUAUUUAUUAGGGCUCGCGGUAUCGGCUACUGUAUUGUUUUAGGCGAUGGUUCACCCCACAGGCGUCAUUUACAACCCAUGCUCAAACUGGCCACGUUGUGGUAGUACAACAAUACUAUAAUCAAUCCACCGCAGUGUGUUGUGUUCAAGUCGCAGUGUGUAUAGUCCUCAGUUCUCGGCCACGGCUUAUUCUUCAGUCCACUGCAGUGGUGCUUGCCAUGCGCCCUCUGGCUCCAAAAGUACUUUUGUCUUCUUGAAUCCCUUGCUUCUUCACGCUGCAUCACCGCAUCAUCCUCGUCGGUUCCGAGUCAGGGGGGACUACACUACAGUAAUACGGCAGCAACUGCGCUGCGCUGCACUUUGCACGCAAACCACCGCGCAAAGAUGUGGCUCUCUAAUGCUGCGUCCUUAACAUGGCUGCUGGCGGCCUUCACAUUAGGCACGCAAGCAGCAGUCGAGGCGGAUACUUCGAUGAAAAGCAUACCGCUGCGCACGCACAGUCUAGCACCUCCAUACCUCGAUUCCGACAUGUCCAGUCGCUGGUGGGAUUUUGGUGGCGACACCAUCAUUCGAGCAGACCAGUACAUUCGGUUGACUUCGGACCUGCCGUCACAGUCUGGCUGGCUCUUCUCACGGAUACCGCUUACGGCGACCAACUGGGAGGUGGAAUUUGAAUUCUCAAUACACGGAAAGGGACAUCUGCACGGAGAUGGCUUUGCCAUGUGGGUUACGACAAAGCGGGGCGAGCCAGGGCCAGUGUUUGGCCACGCAGACCAGUUUGAAGGCCUGGGGAUUUUCUUCGACACAUACAAGAACAAUCGGCCUGGAGUGGUGUUCCCUUACGUGAUGGCCAUGCUUGGUGAUGGCAAGACCACAUACGAUGCCGCGAAUGAUGGCAAAGCCAAUGAACUGGCGGGUUGCUCGGCUCGUGGGUUGCGCGCCGCUUCCGUCCCAACAAAGGCCAAGAUCACAUACUUUCAAGAUAAGUCGCUCUCACUACAACUUCAGUACAAGGCGGCCGAUUCAUGGAUCGACUGCUUCACGGUCGAAGCGACGGAUCAGCAACCGCUGAGACUGCCCAGUACGGUCUACCUGGGCUUCAGCGCCCAUACCGGCGAGUUAUCUGAUAACUUCGACGUCAUCAGCGUGGAGACGAGAAAUCUAUACAACCCCGUUGCGGCGAAUGUGGGCAGGGACUCUCAUGCUGCGGCGCGGGCUAGCGCCCGAGGCAGGAGGGAGAAGAAGAGCGCAGGAUGGGGCUGGUUUUUCUUCAAGUUGAUCUUCUUUGCAGGCUUGAUCGGUGGCGGCUAUGUUGGCUACACCAAGUACAAGGAGAAGGAGCGAUAUUCGUCUUUCUGAAAGAUGGUGUUGAACUCUGCUUGGAGUGGUACAAUGAGUGUGUCCCUACCUUGACUACAUGAGGAUCCACUUCGCCAGUGCACGUACAAUUACAGAACAUCAAAGGUCCCAAUGUGCGAAACUGUGAAUGCUGUCAACCCAAUGGUCGUAGGAUGUAAGAUACUACUAGUAGUUCUCUAGUGGCUCUAUUCGACGUACUUCCAACCGUCAUCAGUUCUAGUACUACAGUUGUAUUAUGGAUAUUGAAGUGAU